GGGGUGGGCGCGGUCGGAGGUGGCGGUGUGAGGGCGGCGCAAGAUGGCGGAGGGUGAUAACAACAGCGUAUACCAGCUGGCUGCUGAAACUGCUAGCUUGGAAGAGCAACUGCAAGGAUGGGGAGAAGUGAUUUUGAUGACUGAUAAAGUUCUUCGCUGGGAGAGAGCCUGGUUUCCUCUGGCACUGAUGAGUGUGGUUUCCUUUUCUUUUCUGAUGAUCUACUACUUGGACCCAUCAGUCCUUUCAGGUGUCUCCUGUUUCAUUAUGUUCCUCUGUUUGGCUGAUUAUCUUGUUCCUGCUCUCGCACCUAGAAUCUUUGGCUCUAAUAAAUGGACUACAGAACAGCAGCAAAGAUUUCAUGAGAUUUGCAGCAAUUUGGUAAAAUCUCGUCGCCGAAUUGUUGGCUGGUGGAAACGUCUCUUCACACUGAAGGAAGAGAAGCCUAAAAUGUACUUCAUGACCAUGCUUUUUUCUCUUGCUGUGGUUGCCUGGAUUGGACAGCAAGUUCACAAUCUCUUUCUGACCUAUCUUAUUGUAAGUUUCUUGUUGCUCUUUCCUGGACUAAACCAGCAUGGGAUCAUUACAAAAUAUGUUGGAAUGGCAAAAAGGGAGAUAAACAAGCUUCUCAAGCACAAGGAAAAGAAAAAUGAAUGAAGAUUUAACUGCUGUUCACUGUUGUAAAAGGUUUCCUUGGGAACAGUUUUGAAAAUUAAUGUAUAAUUAAGACAAUAGAGGUUGUAUUGCUCACUGGCUUUUUUUUUUUAUUGGCUCCCUGAUGAAGUGACAAUAUCACUCUAGCAACUGCUGUGGUUGUAUGUCUCCCUUUUUCUGCUGACCUAGAGGUCUGCAGCUGAUCUUGUACAUGUCAUACAUCCUGACCUUUGAUGUAUGGAGCUUAUUAAGUGUCUUCACUGAACUAAGAGGCCCUGUGAAUCAAUACCCCAACUCAAGAA